AUGUCGCGCGAGCUGCUGCGACACGAGGGCCGCGGAGAUUAUAUUCAUGACACCAUCUGCAGGAGCUGUUACUCUGGCACACCACAUUUUCGUUGUAAGGAUUGCUUUGGCACCGAGUUGUACUGCCACACCUGCGUUGUUACAAUGCAUGCUAAAACUCCAGUGCAUCGAAUUCAGGAGUGGACGGGUUUGUACUUCGUGCCUGUGUCACUGAAGAAACUAGGGCUGCGCGUGCAGCUCGGUCACCCAGCAGGCGAAUACUGCUUGCUGCCUCAGAAGGCGGUCAAUGACGAUUUUACUCUCAUCGACUCCAAUGGAAUACACGAGAUCGGCCUUGACUUUUGUGGCUGCGAAACUGCUGAGAGACACACUAAGCAGUUGCUUCGCGCAACCUGGUUUCCAGCAACGUCCACCAACCCACGCACCGCAGCUACCUUUCGAAUCCUUGAGCAAUAUCAUCUACUAUCAUUUGAAUCCAAAGUUUCAGGGUAUGAGUUUUACCACUCCCUUGUUCGUAUGACCGAUAACACAGGACUUCGACUUCGAAAGGAUCGCUACGAGGCAUUUAUGCGGAUUGUCCGUGAAUGGCGACACUUGAAAAUGCUCAAGCGAGCAGGCCGAGGUCAUGACCCUGCUGGUGUGGAGAACACAGGGAAUGGUGAAUGCGCUGUGUUAUGCCCGGCCUGUCCGCAGCCUGGCAGAAACCUCCCUGACAAUUGGGAAGAUGCACCAAAAGAAACACGCUGGCUAUAUGGUCUUUUUCUAGCUAUCGAUGCUAAUUUCCGACUCAAACGACGUAUGGUGUCGAAAGACAGUGCUGACCCUGGCCUUAGUAACGGAUGGGCAUAUUUCGUGGAGGAGACUGCAUACAAGCGGUACUUAGAAUCUCAUGACGGCACGCUACAACAGAAAAGCACAUGCUCGUCGCAUAACGCAGUAAACAUGGCAGAUACAAAGGUGUCUCAAGGUCUAGCUGCAACGGGAGUCGGUACUAUUGAUUGUGCGCGACAUAAUAUGAAACUGCCAAACGGUGUUGGUGACUUGCAAAAAGGUGAAAGAUACACCAAUAUGGACUAUCUCUUCUUUUCAGCUCUCCGUGGACACGCCAUCAGCACACUCAAUAUCUCAUACGAUAUUGCCUGCCAGUGGCACAAGCAUCUCUGGGAGAGGAUGUUGGUUAUGUCCCCCGAACUACAUCUCAACCAUGCGGCCAAGUUCGUAAGGUUUUUUGUGCCGAAAUUCCAUCUACCGGCGCAUGUUUUCAAGUGUCAGACUACAUUCUCUUUCAACUUCUCUAAGAACGUUGGACGUACAGACGGCGAAGCUCCUGAACGAGGUUGGUCAAACAUCAACCCAGUUGCCUCUAGCACGAAGGCAAUGGGUCCAGGUUCCCGGAGAGAUACGCUCGAUGAUCAUUUUGGCGAUUGGAAUUGGAAAAAGUCUCAUAUCUCACCUAUGACAGGUGUAACACUACUUCGCAAGAUGGAUGAGGCCAAUAAGGAAAGCGAGGCACAUCAGAUGGUGUUUGAAGAACUUCACGGAGUUUUGAAGCCGGAGACAACGGAAACAUGGAAGAUCGAAAUUGAAGACUGGGAAGACAAUCCGAAUGACUCGUCAGUCACCAAUCCCUUUGAAGCAAAGGUCAUUCCCAUCACGCAAGCUGCAGUUCGUCUCAGACUCGCCCAGCUGGAAGCAGCUGAACUACAGCAAGGGACCGACAUUUCCAUGCACGCUGACGUGUCACCAAGUAUAUUCAUCACGUCUGGAAUUGAUCUGGAGAGUGAACAGCGUCGUUUAAAAGUGUAUCGCGAGAAGCAGGGUCGCCAUCCUACAGAUACACAAUUAGGUACAAUUCAACGACUGCAGAAUGCAUUACAACGCAAGAUCGAUACUUGGAGACAUCUCCAAAUGCUCUACACACCUGCAGCACAGCUUAUGGAAUCUGGGGCCGAGUUGCCUACCUCAGACGUGAUCGAAUCCGAAAACUGCCAACUCUGGCUCCCGUCUGCUCUGUGCAGCAAGCACAAGCAUUGCAAUGAACGACUCCUCGCGACUGAGUGGGACUUGCAACAUGCUCAGGCUGGAGACGCCCUCGAAGAAAUAAGGCAGAGCCUUCGCCUGCGGGACUACAUGUACACUUUCAAAAGGGACUGGAUCCGUGGUCAAAUUGCAAAUACUCGUGCGCAGAACGCCCUUAGUCGUGUUGAGUCCAGGGCAAUGGCUGCUGCAGACAAGUAUCGUGCAGCUCGUGCAGCUCUCUCAGAUCUUGCGUGUGUCCUCCAAAAGGUUGGCUGGGAGCACAGAUACAAGGUACUUGACAAGAAGACUGACGUACGCGGGAUGUCAGUUCCAAAGCGAGGCGAAAGCGAAGGUCGAAGACAAUUAUCAUGGAUCUGGUUGGUUGAAGGCAUUGGGGAUGACGAAGAUGAGACAGUACAAGAUAGUCUCAGGAUUGAAUGGUGCAAAGCUCGUGCGAGGUCCAUGCGAUGGGCAGAAGAAGUCGAGUUGCUCCAGGAGGAGAUGCGCCGGGUGUCCUGCUUUCUUAAGUGGCAUGCAACCUGGUGGCAAAAGAAGAUUGCGGCACACGCGCUUGCCACUGCAGCUGAUAAUGAGGGUCUGAGCGCCUACGCCUGUCGUCAAGCUCAGCUUAGAGAGGAUCUCGCUGACUGUUUCAGGAAAAAGUGGGCAGGGUGUAAUGCGGUGCAUUCAGUAGGUAGUGCAUCGGAGACUACGACGGCUUGUGAAGCCGACUUGGACCUGUACCUUCCGGAAAUACUGGUCCCUUAA